UUUGUUUCCAUAUUAGGGGGCCAGUCUCAAGAGGUGGCUGCUAUCAUAACUAAUUCCCCUGUUUUAAAAGCAGAAAAGACACUCCAGUGUUUUCUGUGUAAACAUUCCCCCUUUCCAUGCAUCCCCCCACUGGUUCCUGUAACAAUCAUUGGCAACUUUUGAUUGUGAUUGUAAGGAAGCUUGAAGUUCAACAGCUCCAGUAGUAGCAGCUGCAAAACCAGUUCACCAUGGAGUUAACUCCAAGAUCCUUAACUCCAAGAUCCUUGACUCCAAGAUCCUUGACACCAAGAUCAUUGACACCAAGAUCCAUAACUCCACUUUCCUUAACCCCAAGAGCUUUGACUCCAAGAGGGAUAACUCAAGGCCAUGGCUUCACCUUUGACAGAGAUGCUGACUCUUUUGUUGAGGAAGAUAGGGAGCUUCAGUCAAAGUGGGCUGCUAUUGAGAAACUUCCCACUUUCAAAAGAAUUCAAACUUCUUUUGUUGAUGUUACUCAGGAGGAGGGUGUAGGCACCAGCAAAGAAGCAGAUGGCAGAAGGGUAAUUGAUGUCACCAAGCUUGGAGCGGUGGAGAAGCGUUUGUUCAUAGAUAAGCUCAUUAGGCACAUUGAAAAUGAUAAUCUUCAACUUCUGCAGAAACUCAGAGAAAGGAUGGACAGAGUCAAUGUGAAGUUACCUACUGUGGAGGUCAAAUACAAGAACCUAAAUGUAGAAGCAGAAUAUGAGGUUGUUCAAGGGAAGCCACUCCCUACUCUAUGGAACUCUUUUUCCAGCUUUUUGUCAGGUUUCAUGAAAACUAUAUCAUGCACUUCACAAGGAGCCAGUAUAAGCAUUCUGAAUGAUGUCAGUGGCAUCAUAAAGCCAGCAAGGCUUACUCUUCUUCUUGGUCCACCCGGCUGUGGGAAAACAACCUUGUUAUUGGCAUUGGCUGGAAAGCUAGAGCAAUCUCUCAAGGUUUCUGGAGAAAUCUCUUACAAUGGUCACAAGCUAGAUGAAUUUGUCCCUCAAAAAACAUCAGCUUACAUUAGCCAGUAUGACCUGCACAUUCCUGAGAUGACAGUGAGAGAAACAAUUGACUUUUCAGCACGCUGUCAAGGGGUUGGAAGCAGAGCUGAUAUAUUGGCUGAACUCAACAGGAGAGAAGAAGAAGAAGGAGUCAUCCCUGACCCAGAUAUUGAUACCUAUAUGAAGGCAAUUGCAGUUGAGGGACAAAGCGAAAAUCUUCAAACGGAAUAUGUUUUAAAGAUUCUUGGACUGGAUAUGUGUGCUGACAUACUGAUUGGUGAUGCACUAGAGAGAGGCAUUUCAGGUGGACAGAAGAAAAGGCUAACUACAGGUGAGAUGAUUGUUGGUCCCAUAAAAGCUCUUUUCAUGGAUGAAAUAUCAACUGGCUUAGAUAGCUCCACAACCUUUCAAAUAGUUACAUGUCUCCAGCAAUUGGCACAUCUCACAGAUUCUACUGCAGUUCUUUCACUCCUUCAACCAGCACCGGAAACCUUUGAGCUAUUUGAUGAUCUUAUAUUGAUGGCAGAGGGGAAGAUAGUAUACCAUGGUCCCUGCCAUCAAGCAAUUCAAUUUUUUAGGGAUUGUGGUUUCUGGUGCCCAGAAAGAAAAGGAGUGGCAGACUUCCUUCAAGAGGUCAUUUCUAAGAAAGAUCAAAGGCAAUACUGGUACCGCACAGAUAUUCCUUACACUUAUGUUUCAGUGGAUGAAUUCGCUGAAAUCUUCAAAACAAGUUACUGGGGACGAAUGUUAAACGCUGAGCUCUCACAGCCAUAUAAUAAAUCUCAAUCCCAUGAGAAAUCUUUAUCAUUUAGCAAGUACUCCUUGGGAAAAUGGGACUUGUUUAAAGCUUGUAUGAAGAGGGAGCUUCUUCUCAUGAACCGAAACUCAUUCAUCUAUAUAUUCAAAACUGUACAGCUUACAAUCACUGCAAUUAUAACAAUGACCGUCUUCUUACGCACUCAGCUGACUGUGGACUUAAUUGGAGCAAACUAUUUAUUAGGUUCACUGUACUAUACUCUUGUCCGCCUCAUGACUAAUGGAGUUGCUGAGUUGAUCAUGACAAUUACAAGACUUCCUGUUGUUUAUAAGCAGAAGGCGUUCUAUCUAUAUCCAGCUUGGGCUUACUGUCUUCCAUCUUGCAUUAUAAAGAUUCCUUUUUCAGUUCUUGAUUCUAUUGUUUGGACAUCAGUAACAUAUUAUGUUAUAGGCUACAGCCCUGAAAUAACAAGGUUCUUGCGCAUGUUUAUUUUGCUUGUCACUCUGCACAUGUCAUCAACCUCUAUGUGUCGUUUCCUCGCCUCAGUUUUCAAAACUGAUGUUGCAGCUACAACUGUCGGUUCCCUGGUCUUAGUACUCAUGUUCUUGUUUGGAGGCUUUAUUCUUCCAAGACCAUCGUUACCAAAGUGGUUGAGGUGGGCCUUCUGGCUUUCUCCCAUGACAUAUGGGGAAAUAGGAAUAACACUAAAUGAAUUUCUCGCCCCUCGCUGGGAGAAGAUCCAAAAUGGUAACAAUGUUACCAUAGGAAGGGAGGUUCUUAAGAGUCAUGGUUUAGAUUUUGAUGGCAACUUCUUCUGGAUAUCAGUUGGAGCCCUACUUGGUUUCGCAGUAGUAUUUGAUAUUGGAUUUAUCUUAGCAUUAACUUACUUAAAAGAGCCUAAGCCAUCUCGAGCUAUAGUUUCAAAGAAGAAGCUCUCUCAGCUAAGGGGAGGAGACGAAAGCAAUAAUGUGGACCUAAAAAAUAAGUCGGUUACAGUUGAUAUUAGCAAAACAUCAAAGCAAACUCAAAGUGCAGGAAAAAUGGUCUUGCCGUUUGAGCCACUGACAAUAGCAUUUAAGGAUGUCCAGUAUUUUGUUGAAACUCCUCCGGAGAUGAGAAAACAUGGUUCCGAUGAGAAAAGACUACAAUUGCUCCGUGAUGUCACAGGUGCCUUCAGGCCAGGAGUUCUUACUGCAUUGAUGGGAGUCAGUGGAGCAGGGAAAACAACUCUGAUGGAUGUCCUUUCAGGAAGAAAAACUGGUGGUACCAUUGAAGGAGAUAUAAGAAUUGGAGGAUAUCCCAAAGUGCAGAAGACAUUUGCAAGAGUUUCAGGUUACUGUGAACAGAAUGACAUACAUUCUCCAUAUAUAACAGUUGAAGAAUCUGUCAGAUUCUCUGCUUGGUUGCGUUUGCCAAUGGAGGUUGAUUCAGCCACAAAAGGCAAAUUUGUGGAAGAAGUCCUUGAAACAAUUGAACUUGAUGAUAUAAAAGAUUCUUUAGUUGGCAUCCCUGGCCUAAGUGGCUUAUCUACCGAACAGCGCAAAAGGCUAACCAUUGCAGUGGAGCUUGUUUCGAACCCAUCAAUAAUAUUCAUGGAUGAACCUACAUCAGGUUUGGACGCCCGAGCAGCAGCGGUUGUUAUACGUGCAGUGAAAAAUGUCGUUGGGACGGGCAGGACCACAGUUUGCACCAUCCACCAACCAAGCAUUGACAUAUUUGAGACAUUUGAUGAGUUGAUUCUAAUGAAAUCUGGAGGACAGAUUAUUUAUAAUGGAAUGCUAGGCUAUCAUUCAAGCAGACUAAUUGAAUAUUUCCAGGGUAUACCUGGAGUUCCAAAGAUCAAGGACAAUUACAAUCCUGCAACCUGGAUGAUGGAAGCUACUUCUGCAUCAGUAGAAGAAGAACUUCAAGUAGAUUUUGCAAAAAUCUAUAAAGAAUCAAACCUUUACUGGGAAACCCUUGAUUUGGUGAAUCUUUUAAGUGAACCAGCGCCAAGUUCGACAGACUUGCACUUUUCAACUCCCUUCGCACAAAAUAACUUGGGGCAGUUUAUGGCAUGCCUAUGGAAGCAACACUUGUCCUAUUGGAGAAGUCCAGAGUACAACUUAACACGUUUCAUAUUCAUGGUUGUUGCAGCAGUAAUAUUUGGGGCCGUAUUUUGGCAGAAAGGGAAUGAAAUAAACAAUCAGCAGGAUUUGUUCAAUGUUUUUGGAUCAAUGUACAUUGCUGUAAUAUUCUUGGGCAUAAAUUAUUGUUCAACCAUUCUACCUUAUGUGGCAACUGAGCGCGCUGUCUUGUAUCGAGAAAAAUUUGCUGGAAUGUAUUCUUCCAUGGCUUAUUCAUUUGCACAGGUGGCCAUUGAAAUACCAUAUAUCUUAGUGCAAGCAAUUUUAUAUGUGUCUAUCACAUAUCCAAUGAUAGGUUUCUAUUGGUCAGCUCCGAAAUUCUUUUGGUACUUCUACACCACAUUCUGCACAUUUUUGUACUUUGUGUAUCUAGGAAUGCUGAUAACAUCGAUAAGUGCAAAUCUCGAUCUAGCUUCUGUAUUGUCAACUGCAGUCUACACCAUAUUCAAUCUCUUUUCUGGAUUUCUCAUGCCAGGACCGAAAAUUCCUAAAUGGUGGGUGUGGUGCUACUGGAUAUGCCCUACAGCUUGGUCCUUGAAUGGCCUCCUGACUUCACAAUAUGGAGACUUAGACAAGGAGAUACUCAUAUUUGGGGAGCAAAAAUCAGUUGGUUCCUUUUUAAAAGAUUACUAUGGGUUCAGACAUGACAGACUAAGUGUUGUGGCUGUGGUGCUCAUUGCUUAUCCAAUUAUCUAUGCCUCUCUCUUUGCCUAUUGCAUAGGUAAAGUGAAUUACCAAAGAAGAUAGAUACAGAUGAGAUUGCUUCUUCUGCAGUAUAGCAACUACAAUUUUCAUGUAUAGAAAUAUAGAAGUCAAGACUACAUCAAUGAGCAUAAGCUUUCACAAUAAACAUACAAUAUUGAGAUUUUUACAUUUUUUUUGGGUAUUAAAUGAUGGACAUUAGGUUAUUUAUUUUAUUAUGUAUUUAAGGUUUUUGGUUUGGGUUAUUCAUCGUUUUUUGGUAUUGUAGAAUUUUAUUUUAUUGAAAGUUAUCUUAUUCUAGUCUGAAAUAGGCAUAGGGAAUAGGUUGGCUGUAUUGGGAAACUUAUUUAUUUAUUUUCAUUUGAAAAGCAUUUUAAAACUUGAAUUGGAGUAGCAUUUUGUA